AUGUCUUCGCCAUGGGCCACAGACGAGCCCCAAGCUGAGCUCUGGCUUGAACAGUCCAUCAAUGCGGGCACAUAUAUCGGUGCUGCGGCCUAUGGUUUACACGUUGCCUUGUACAUCACAUGUCUGCGCUCCCUCUCGCUGCGAAGACAGCACUACUGGUACAUGUUAACGUUCGUUACCGUGUUGCUUUCACUAGGGACGAUCAAUAUCGUCUGCAACAUUCGUUUCAAUGAGUUCACCUGGAUUGACUAUCGUAACUACCCUGGAGGUCCAUUCGCAUAUAUUAUGGGGCAAGAAACCAAUCCCCUUAACAUCGCCGGAAAUGCGGCUUCGAUUAUUGCCACAUUCUUGGCAGAUGGAUUACUGCUGUAUCGGACUUACAUCCUCUGGAACAACAAUUGGAUGUUGAUCGUUAUUCCUAUACUUAUGUAUCUGGCUUCCACUGUGUUAUCUGCAUUCUUCGUGUAUCAGGCUGCGCGGCCCGACUCUAGCCUAUGGGCACAGAAUAGCUUCAACUUUGGCUUAGCAUACUGGGCCCUCACUAUGUCCCUCAACAUCAUUCUCACUCUGAUGCUCGUCGUCCGUCUGUUCAUCAUCCGCCGCCAAGUCAAGUCCACCCUGGGUGCCGACCACGCCAGGACAUAUUCGGACAUAGCAGCCAUGAUCAUGGAAUGCGCGCUUCCGUAUGGUGUGAUCAGUUUUAUCUUCAUCGUUCUGUAUGGCAUACAGAACACCGGAGAGAAUCUGUUCAUACCGCUACUCGCACAAGUGCAGUGUAUCACCCCAGAGCUUAUUAUCCUUCGCGUCGCCAAAGGACAUGCUUGGACCGGAACCAAAAACAUGAGUGGACCGGUGUCCGCUAUGAGCUUCACCGAUCCGAAGACAACGAUGACGACGUCCAGCGAUACCACUACUCGUGAGGCGAACUUGAAUGACAUCUCGAUAACCUUCUCGGAUGGGUCCAGCUCUCAACUCGAGCGGAAAAAUCAUCCUUCUGAUCCUGCUGUGUCGUUUGCGUAG